GAAGCAUUUCUUUCUUUCUUUUUCUUCUCCAAAUUUAUAGCUUCUUCCUUAACAAAAGAAAACAAAAGAUUCGUUGUUGGUUGCUUCACGGAAUCCACAUAAACCCGACGCUAAGGAAAAGAAUACCACUCCUACGCUCCACAAUCCGCUGCGUCGCCGUCGUUGUUGAAGAAUGUCGUACGACUACCUCUUCAAAUACAUAAUCAUCGGCGACACAGGUGUGGGCAAAUCGUGCUUGCUUCUGCAGUUCACUGAUAAGAGGUUCCAGCCAGUGCAUGAUCUCACAAUAGGAGUUGAAUUCGGUGCUCGGAUGGUUACUAUCGACGGCCGCCCAAUUAAGCUUCAGAUUUGGGACACUGCUGGUCAAGAGUCAUUCAGGUCGAUCACUAGAUCGUAUUACAGAGGGGCAGCUGGCGCGCUUUUGGUUUACGACAUCACCAGGAGGGAGACUUUUAAUCACUUAGCAAGCUGGCUUGAAGAUGCUCGGCAGCAUGCAAAUCCAAAUAUGACAAUCAUACUUGUAGGAAAUAAAAGUGAUCUUGCUCAUAGGAGAGCGGUAAGCAAAGAGGAAGGAGAACAGUUUGCGAAAGAAAAUGGACUUCUGUUCUUGGAGGCAUCUGCAAGAACAGCGCAAAAUGUAGAAGAGGCUUUCACUAACACGGCCACCAAGAUACUUCAGAAGAUUCAGGAAGGUGUUUUUGAUAUGUCCAACGAGUCAUCAGGUAUCAAAAUUGGGUACGGACGCACCCAAGGUCCAGCAGGUGGAAGAGGUGGAGCUGUAGCUCAACAAGGUGGAUGCUGCAGCUGAUUGUGGAUAUAAGCAUAUCAUAGCAAUUGUGGAUUUAACUAUUGUGCCUCUGUAAUAGGCUUUGAUAAAAUAUUUCUAGAACUGUACAGUCAGCCACCACGUAAAUGAACUCUAAUGAAACCAGUUGCUUCACUCAAACACUUACAAUUAUCAUUGUAUAUUGCA